UCCCGGCCGGAUUGGCCGCUAUAAAUACGGCGCUGAGGUGACGUUCGGGGGGGAAAUCUUUUAUUUUUCCUUCCUGGUGGCUGGUGUGCGGAAACUAAUGAUUUGAUUCAAAUCGGCUAAAGGUCUUCUCAGGUCACCCCUCGGUUCAGAUUGGCUCCCAAAAAAAGCACUUGUGCCGUACCUCCACACCAAAAUGAUGCAGAUCAGCAGCGACCUGGCCACCAACAAGCACUCGCUCAUCAAUGUCAUGCACCGCUUCAUCGCAGCUGCCAACAACAUGAAUGAAACAAUCAUGGUGCCAAAUCUGCUGCGAGACUUGCCGCUAAAUGAGCAGGAGACUGCAGCCGGUGAGAUGGAAGCCAACAACAAUGAGCCGCUCUGUCCCAACAAGCAGAGGGACAUGUACGAGCACUACCUCCUCCUGAAGUCCCUUAAGAACGACAUGGAGUGGGGCCUCAUCAAGAGGGAGAUGAGCAGCGGUGCCAGCUUCCUGGAGAUGGCUGUGAAGCAGGAAGAGCAGCAGAAAGCAGUGACUGGAGACCUGCUUAUGGAGGACAACUUGGACCUGGAGCAACAAUUCCACUACCACCUCAGAGGUCUGUUUGGAGUCCUGUCAAAACUCACCGUGCAGGCAGAUCACCUCACCAACAGAUACAAGAGAGAAAUUGGUGGUGGAAACUUCACAAGAUAAUGUUUUACCUCUCUAGACUGCUCGACCAUCAGCAGUGGCAUGUUUCUCAGAUUUCUUUUGGGGGGGUGGGGGGGGCGCUUAACCAGGGCUGCCACUACCUUGUAACAUCACUCUGACUACCUUCUUCUAGUUUCCCUUUUGCUGCUCUCACUAAACACCUGAAAACCAGUGACGCCUGCACAGGUCCCUGCUGAUGGGUGCAGCCAGUGACGCAAAGCUUGGUGGAGGUUUCUAGAACUUUGUCCACAUGAUGCACAGCUGUUUACAAAAACCGUGUCCUCUUUGAAAAUUUAAAGUUGUCACAGAUGUGGGGUUUGUCUGUAGGAGAACUUAGAAUGCUGGUUAUUCUGUCCCCUUGUUUUAAAAUGUAACACUGAGCUGAAGGGCCUGUGAAGAGCAACUUGUUCAGCUAGUUAGCCUAACAUGCUGUGCCUUGACUCGCACUCUCUGCUGCCCCCUCUGGUUCAGCUUUCUGACUAAAGAGAAAUGACUGUCCUUGGAAUAUUUCAAAUCCAGUUUUAUAUUGAAAUGCAGUAAAGAUUAAUAAAUAAUUGGAAGCUUU